AUGUCCUACUCUAACGGUGGUGCCAACAUGCCAGGUGCUGGUACUGCUGCUGGCUCUGGCGCCGCAGCUGCCUCAGCUGCCUCCACCUCCCGCUCCAGACGCGAGCUCAUCGACCGCGUCAAGUACCCCAACCCCAUCCCCCUCCCGCCCUACCCGCCCAAGCUCGUCAAGAUCCCCGCAGAGCCAUCCAGAUACGCAAACGCUCACUUUGCUGACCGCCUCGCAAGUCAGCAGCCCGUGCCCCUCAUCGUCGACGUCCACGCCGGUAUGCCCAUCGACCUCGCCAACUUCCAGAACCUCUGGGAGGGCGAUCUCUCCGAAGUCUCCGUCCCGCCAAACGCAUCCCUCAACGCUCAAGACCUCGACGACGCAGAUGCUUUCCUGCUCCAGGACUUUGCCACCAACCUCCCCGCCGCAGCCACCACCAACUCGGCUCCCGGCGCCAUCGGCCUCAUCACCUCGCUCAAUGCCACCGACGACCCCGCCUCACAAGCCGCUCUCGCAGCCGCCCUCCAGCAGCGACACACACAGUCCCUCGGCCCAGGCGCAAAAGCCGCACUCGCAGCAGACGACGUCUCCUGGCUGCGCAGGACCGAGUAUCUCGGCACCCACCUCAAGGCUCAGCAGCAGGUCCAGAAACCAAAAGUCACUCAGCGCAUCGACAUCUCCCGCGAGGCACAACUCGCAAAGAUCGAACAGUCCUUCAAGGAUGCCCAACAGCCACUCGCCUCCCUCAAACAUCCGCACAAGAGGGGCGUCAAGGCCGUACAGGUAUUCGACUUCCUCCCGGACCCAGAGACCUGGGCCACCAACUACCAGGUCGUCCGCUUCAUCGACCCGCCCGGUCGCAUCGUCAACGGCAUUCCCCAGACGGACCCUCGUCUCGACGUAGCCAUCCUCCGCCCCGUCUCUGCAGCAGACGGCGAACAGCGCGUCUCCUACUAUCUCCCCGCAGGCGAAGACAUCCCCGAGGACCCAGAAGAGCCCAUGACCUUACUCGACAACCCGGACAAGGAGGAGACCAACGCACGCAGACUCCGAAAGCGAAGACGCACCGGCAAAUUCCCCAUUCCUCCACAGGGCGAAGACGAGGACGAAGCAUCGCCCAAGCUGCUCAAACGCGACUACGCCACCGCCUACAAGCUCGCGCGCGACUACGUACCCAAAGAUACCGCAGAGACUGCGCACGACGUGCUCGUCCUCACCCUCGACGACGGCGUUCCUGAUGCAGACCCUGAUGCCAACUUCGACCCCAUCAAAGGCGCUGCCUCAGCCCCAGCCAACACUGCCGACGAAGAAGACGACGAUCUCUUCGGCGACGACGACGACGAAGAGACCAGUCCCAAGGGCGACAACGCAGCCGACCACAUCGACUCCACCCUCCCGCCCCAAUCCGAAUUCGAGCGCCAAAAGCGUUCCAGGCGAUCCGCAGCCACCAAGGGCAAGGAGCGCAGCGAGCAGCCCGACGGCGACGGCCUCACCUCCACCGCCCCACCCAAGGCACGCGCCUACUACCACAAGGUGGGCAUGCGCUUCACUCUACGCGUGUGGCGCUCGCGCUUCGCCAACAACGAGAAGCUGCGCAACCGCGACCGUCGCUACCCGGGCAAGUGGGACGCCAUCCUGCUCGCCAACCGCGAGCUCACCGACCGCGAGAAAUUGCGUCGCCUCCACGCGCGCAGCAACGUCGACGACCUCGGCCACCUCGACCCGUACGAGCCCAGCGACGACGAAAUCGACGAGACCGUCGAGCAGGCCGACCAAGAUACCGCUGAUGCCGAUGCAGCAGGCCAAGAGGCCGAGCGCGACGAGCCCCGUGCCGAUGCGAACGGUGAUGCAGAUGCGGAUGCCGAUGGCGCUGCCAGUGACAAUGACGUCGAAAGGUCGGACGGCGCCGAGGAUGACGAUGACGACGACGACGAGGACGAUGACGAAGAUGGCACCGUCGAUGGCGAUGAGGAGCUCGCGGCGUUGCGUGCAGAGGCCGAGGAUGCCGGCGAGGAUCUCGAUGUCGACGCAGGCGCAAGACGCGCCCGCUCCCGCCGUUCCGCUCCCUCCACCGACGCCGCAGCAGCCAUGGAAGAGGACGACGACUAG